AUGGCGCGCAAGACGUGGAUCGAUAAAAAAACUGCGACUCAUUUUACACUCGUUCAUCGUCCUCAAAACGACCCUUUAAUCCAUGAUGAAUCUGCAUCUUCUAUGGUUCUGAACCCUACGCCCCUCCCAAACGCCAGUAAGGUCAAACAACUCGACGACCUGGCGUCUGAACUCGGCUCCGAUGUCUACAAGAUUCGAGAUAACGAAGGCGAGGCCGCCAAUCAUGGCGUCUACUACGACGAUACCGAGUAUGAUUAUAUGCAGCACAUGCGAGAUUUGGGUUCUGCAUCAGGAGGAGAAGCAUAUUUUGUCGAAGCACCCGCGCCAAAAAACAAAGGAAAGGGAAAGCAGACCUUGGAGGAUGCACUUAGAGAUGCCAGUUUAGAGGAGAAAAGCGGCGCAGUAUUGGACGAGGAAAUAUUACCCUCGAAGAAUCUGCGCAAGGUCACCUACCAGGCUCAGCAAGACGUGCCUGAUGCGCUGGCAGGUUUUCAACCGGAUAUGGAUCCUAGAUUGCGAGAAGUACUUGAGGCCCUCGAGGACGAUGCUUACGUUGAUGAAGACGACGAAAUAUUUGGUCAGUUAGCGAAGGACGGCGAGGAAAUAGAAGAGGAUGAGUUUGAGCAAGGUGCUUGGGAUGAUGAAGACGAAGGCUGGGAAUCAGACGACACAGCAAAGCCCUCCAAAGAAUACAAAAAUGGUCCUGUACCAACUGAAGACCUCUUGAACGAUGAGCGUGAAGAUCAUGGAGAUGGCGACUGGAUGGCAAAUUUCAGCAAAUUCAAAAAAGAUCAGAAGACUAAGGCACCAGUCGCUCCUUCACAAUCGGACAUUCAAUCAUCAAUGAUGACGACAACCACGAAUGGUGGCAGAAAGAAGAAGAGAAAGGGUGCCUUGACAAAUCCAUCUACGUACUCAAUGACCUCGUCUUCAAUGUUUCGAACUGAGGGCAUGACAACGUUGGAUGCUCGGUUUGAAAAGCUUGAAGAAAGGUACAAUGAGGACAUGGAGGAUAUGGACGACGAUGGUUCUGUCUCGGCAGCAACAUCUGUAGCGUCGAGUGUACAGGGGCCAAUCAGAGGGGACUUUGACAAUAUCAUGGAUGAUUUCCUUGGUAAUUAUACCAUGAGUGGGAAAAAGCAUGUCAAAAAAGGAAAAUAUCAAAGUGGCAUGGAACAACUUGAUGAAGUGAGAAGGGGCUUGGGCCCAGCGAUCAUUCGUACUCGAAACUGA